AUGGAUGAGAGCUUUGAUCCUGAUCCAAGGAAAAGACAUACAUUUUGGACCACAGUGACAGGAGGCACAUUUGUAUGGGUUGCAAUAUACAGUGCCAACCAAGCUCAGGUACAAAGAUACCUGGCCUGCAAGAGUGAAAAAGAGGCAAAAAAGGCAAUAUUGCUAAACUGGUUUGGUAUGAUUGGAGUAACAUUUACGGCUUGUAUGUGCGGUUUGAUCAUGUAUGCAGUUUACGAAACUUGUGAUCCAGUGAAGGCAAAAAGAAUCAGCAAUAGUAACCAGCUUACACCACUUCUGGUUUUGGAUAUCUUGUCUCACAUGCCUGGAAUUCCUGGGCUUUUUAUUGCCAGCGCCUUUAGUGGCACUUUGAGCACAAUCUCCUCGGGCAUCAAUGCUAUGACUGCAGUCUUUGUGGAAGAUAUUAUAAAACCAAACUGGAGAUCCUGGGACUAUCUUUCUGAUGACAGGAGGGCACUGAUCUCAAAGUUUCUAGCUAUGACAUUCGGGGGUUUGACAAUGCUUGUCGCAGGGUUAACUUCUCUCUUAGAUGAAAAUGUAAUGCAGCUAAUCCGAAGUAUUGAUGGAAUAUUCCUAGGACCUCUGUUGGGUAUAUUCACUUUAGCAGCUUUAUUUCCAAACAGCAAUAGCAAGGGAGCAUUUGUGGCUAUGCUGUUUAGUUCUGUCUUGAAUCUUCUUUUGGGAAUUGGCUCCCAGGUGUACCCACCUGCUGUGAAAUUUACAAAGAAGCUGAAGACAUCAGCAGCAGGUUGCCAUCUUUUUAAUAUCACUAUAGCAAGCUCCACCAAUGUGACAUCUUUACUCACAACCAUAGAAACACCUCCAGCACCAAAUAAAACGAACAGCCUAUUUGAAGAUAUAUUUUCCUUAUCCUAUGGAUACUACACCCCAGUUGGAUGCCUAACUGCAGUUAUGAUAGGUUUGCUAGUCAGUAUGGUUACUGGAGGAGCUAAAGAUGUUGAUGAGACUCUCAUUGCUCCUAUAGUCCAUACCAUUCACAAGUUCAUAUACAAAAAGAAGCAAGCUGCACCAGUGCUUGAAUCUGGUGUACAGCUAUUGGAAACCACUCCUAAAAAAUUCUUCAAUACCGAUCAUCAUCCUUCUAACUUGCAGAGUGAAAAGUUCCUUACUCCAUCCCCUGGUAACUGAAUAAGUAUUGAAAAAAAAACUUGAACUAUUAGUGGUGGUUAAAGAUUCAAUUUUCAUAGAAAUAUUAAGAUGCAAGAUAUGGAAUUUUCUCAGAAACAAUUCUUGUCAGAAUAAUGCAAUUAUCUAUAAAUUGAUUAAAACUUGUUGGAA